GUAAACAAAAAACAAACCUAUUAAAAAAUAAUAGAUGUAUCUUGAGAGUUAGUACUAUGGACUUACAUAAUAUCAAUAACGUAUCAACAUAAAAAAAUGUUGACCAAUAAAAAUACAAAUUGAAUACAAAUUACUCGUUUCGACAACUGUUAUGCAAUUGGUUCGUGGGCGACCGUGGAGGGAGCCCCUGCGCUUCCAUCAUUUACCGAACAGUGAUCAUAAUAAAUUAAUAUACAAGUAUACAACAAGGUGUUCGUUUUCAUUACCAAUAAUAUGAUGUAUAAAUCCGAUAAGACGGCAGAGAUUUGAUACCGUCGAAAUGGUUUCUCGUGUAGGUAAUAAUCGUUUCAAUUGACUGUUUAAUAUACUUUCGUCAACUUUUGUGCAGGAUAGUUGACAACAACAAUGGCUGAAGUAGCUGAUGUGUGCAUAACCAAUUAAAGCUCUUUAUUACUGGUGUUAGAAACAAAUAUUAAUCUGGAAUAUACCUGUGACUUGAACUUAUUGAAAUAUGUUUAAUGAACUCCAUUUUCCAGCCAUGUUCAAGUAUUCAUAUAUCUAUGCUAUUGUAUUCUUGGACUUAAUCAGCAUUAGCCUCAUCAUACCAGUAUGGGGCACUCACUUACGAUCUUUAGGUGCUAGUCACUUUCAUAUAGCCUUACUAGGUUCUACAUAUUCAUUUCUACAAUUCUUAUCAGGUACACCAAUUGGUGCACUUAGUGAUCAUUAUGGUCGAAAAAUUGUACUUAUUGUUACAAUAUGCAUUUGUGCCGUAGCAUAUUUCCUACUAGGCUGUGUGAAAUCGUUCAUAUUAAUAGUAUUGAUUCGCAUUCUUCAAGGAUGUUUGAAACACUCACAACUUUUAUGCAAGACAUUAGUUAAUGACCAAGUACCAGCUGAUCAACAGACUACAGUUUAUGGGCGAAUGAAUGGAUUUUCUUCCCUCUCAUUUGUUAUUGGACCAAUUAUUGGUGGUCAUUUAAUGGAAAAAAGUGAAGGAUUUUAUAAUCUAGCGUGUUCUACUUCAAUAAUAUUUUUAAUCAAUGCUUUAGUUGUUUAUUUUACGGUUCCCAACACAACUGUUCCAAAAAAAGAAAGAAAAAGUGCAUCACCAUUGAGCGAUUUAAUGGAAGUAAAUUGGAAAGAAUGUUGGCCUGCUUUUUCACUGAAAAUGUUAGGUGCUGCAGCAUUGUUUGCAUAUUUUAGUACAGUUGGUCUUGCUAUGAAUGAAAAAUUUAAUUUAUCUCCGUCAGAAGCUGGUUAUACUGGUGCUUUACAAGGACUUACAGGCGGCAUAACUGGAUUUGCAGCGGGAAAAAUAGAAAAUAUAAUAUUUCCAUCUAAAAAUCCAUUUACCAAAUGUUUUUAUUCGUUUAUAAUGUUGGGUAUAGGAUUUGUUAGUUUAGCCUUAGCACCAAAUUUAAUUAUAUUUAUGGCAGGUAUGAUUCCAAUCAGUGCUUCAAGUACGCUCAUAAGAGGAUUUAACAAUGAAAUAAUGUAUGAACAGUCUUCAUCUGAUCAUAAAGGACUAGUUGCUGGUGCAGGAGCUAGUGCUGCAGCAAUAGCAAGAUUCUUAGCACCAAUUAUAUGUGGAUUUACAAUGGACAUGUUUGGAAAUAACUCUGGAUUUUUGUUAUCUGCAUUGUUUUCAUUCACUGGAGCAGUGUUAUCAUUAUAUUUAACUAAGAAAUCAAAAACUCAUGUUGAAUAAGUUAUAGUAUGUGGAAAACAAAUACUUUUUAACUAUGUCAAAUUAUAAAUACUUGGUUUGCAUUCAAAAGGUAUUGUUAAAAAGAAAGUACUGGUUUUCAAAUUAAAAGAUGCUAUUAGUUUUAGUUAUUAUUAAUUAUAUGUGUAUAUAUUAUUAUUGUUGUCUAUUUU